ACUUCCUGCCCGGCCCCAAGUAAGCCCUGCCGGGUGGCGGCGCCGACGGCGACAUCUGAGCCAUGGUCGCGCUGGAGAACCCCGAGGGCGGCUCGGAGGCGGCGGGGGACGCCCCGGGCGGGCGACGGACGCUGCACCUUCCAGGAUGCCUGCCCACUCUAGCCAGCUCCCAAGUGAAGAGGUUCUCAGCCUCCAAACGGAAGCAGCACUUCAUCAACCAGGCUGUGCGGAACUCAGACCUUGUGCCCAAGGCCAAGGGGCGGAAGAGCCUCCAGCGCCUAGAAAACACCCAAUACCUCCUGACCCUGCUGGAGACAGAUGGGAGCACAUCUGGUCUGGAAGAUGGGGACCUGGCACCCCCUGCAGCACCUGGCGUCUUCGCAGAGGCCUGCAACAACGAGACCUAUGUGGAGGUCUGGAAUGACUUCAUGAACCGCUCCGGGGAGGAGCAGGAGCGGGUCCUCCGCUACCUGGAGGAUGAGGGCAGGAGCAAGGCACGGAGGAAGGGGCCUAACCGGGGGGAGGAUAGGCGGAAAGAGUACCCGGCCUACACUCCCGGAGAGUGCUUCCAGCGCAUCAGCCGGCGUCUUCGAGCGGUCCUCAAGCGGAGCCGCAUCCCCAUGGGAACGCUGGAGACCUGGGAGGAGAGGCUGCUGAGGUUCUUCUCUGUGUCCCCCCAGGCCGUGUACACAGCCAUGCUGGACAACAGCUUCGAAAGACUCCUGCUCCACGCCAUCUGCCAGUAUAUGGACCUCAUCUCAGCCAGUGCUGACCUGGAGGGCAAGAGGCAGAUGAAAGUCAGCAAUCGUCACCUGGACUUCCUGCCACCUGGGCUGCUACUGUCUGCUUACCUGGAGCAGCGCAGCUGAUGGCGGCCCUGCCUGCCGGCUCCUCUCCCCCACCAAGACUUCCCAUACCAUCUGCUAAAAUAUGUUUGUUAUUUUUAGAGUUUGUCCUUGAAGAUGUGCUCACCCCCUUGGGGAAGCGGUCUCCUCACCCUGGCCCCAGCCCGGCUCAGCUCUCCCAGGUGAACAGCUGGCAGCUGGGGCUGCCCCAAACUAUCCCAGGGCCCCGUAGCUCCCCACUCUGGGACUUGUAUUUGGGUGGGGAGACCGGUCUGUUCACUUUGAUGUUCCUUCUUGAUUCAGUUUUUUGUGCCCAGUCUGAAGCUUAAGUGAGAAGUAGCUGGGUUUUUAUCACUUAAUUCGGUGUGAUUUGUUGUAGAUUUUUAAAUUUCCCAUUUGGGAAGAAAAACCAAAUACUUGCCCCAACUGAUACAUUGGGGGGCUUUCUUCUAGUCCCUGCUUUACCCCCUCCCAGUUUUAGGCUAGGAUGGGGAGGUCUCUGGGGUGCUGCCCAGAAGCAGUCCAUCUUCUCUGUGUGUGUGUGUGUGUGUGUGUGUGUGUGUGUGUGUGAGAGAGAGAGAGAGAGAGAGAGAGAGAGAGAGAGAGAGAGAGAGAGAGAGUGUGUGUGUGUCUGGGUACGCGUGGGCAUACCAGUGCUCGUGACCCUAGACAAGCUGUGGCUUAAAGGCUGGUUUUAACCCUCUUUGGAAUGUGUGUCAACGGGUGCCUUUUUGUGGCUUUUGGGGCCCUGCCUGCUCUACCACUCCCCCCACCUCCAACGUUUCUCCCCUCCUUUCAUACUGGAGGUCUGGGACUUCCAGCCAGAAGCUCCCUCCCUCGGACUGCCACUUUCCCCACUCCAUGUCCCCAUGUCCCCUCACCUUUCCCCUCCUUCAGCCUGGCUCUAGCCUAUUGGUUUGGGGUUUUCUCUUGCUGGUCACCCUGUCCUGGUCCAGAGAAGCAGGGCUGGGGGACACCCCACUCCCGUGUAUGUGGUUAGUUGCUCAUUGAGGAAAGUGGAGAGUUCAAUAAAUUUCUGGUGCUCUGGUCUCCA